AUGGCGAAGACAACGACGGUGAUCAAGGCUCAUGCACCAGGCCUGCAGAUCGGGCCUGUGCGAACGUAUACUGAGGAGCAGCAGCGCAUGAUUAGCGCGUUACGAAAGCACGCGGAGACGCUGCGUCUGCCCGAGUCCGACCCGUAUGCCGAGUGGGAGCUGCGGUGGCUCGACAGAUGGGACACCAUCCCGCGCUACAUGCGCGCUGCGAAGUGGAAUCUGGACGAUGGCAAGAAGCGCAUCAAGGGCACGAUGGAGUGGCGAAGAGAGUUCAAGCCGGACCUCAUACCCCCAGAGGAGGUCAGGAUCGAAGCCGAGACGGGCAAAAUCAUUCUGAAUGGGUUCGACAACCAAGGCCGACCCAUACUCUACAUGCGGCCCGGACGCGAAAACACAGAGACAGGUCCCCGCCAGCUACGGCACCUCGUUUGGUGGCUAGAGCGUGCAAAGGACUUCAUGCCGCCCGGCCAAGACUCGCUCGUUAUCAUCGUCGACUACAAGAGCACAACGCUCCGCACAAACCCAUCCAUCUCCGUCGCGCGAAAGGUCCUCACGAUCCUCCAGCAGCACUACGUCGAGACCCUCGGCCGCGCGCUCGUCGUCAACCUCCCCAUGAUUCUCAGCUUCUUCUACAAAGGCAUCGCGCCGUUUCUCGACCCCAUCACGCGGGACAAGAUGCGCUUCAACCCUGACCUGUACGAGCUCAUCCCGAAGGAGCAGUUGGAUGCUGACUUUGGAGGCGAAUACGAGCUCGAGUACGAGCCGCGGAGCUACUGGGAGCAAAUAAUUUCGCAUUGCGGCAUAGCGCCCGACGGCACACGAGUCCAGCGACAUGCUGAGCAGGGUUCUUCCUCAGAACAGGUAUUCUCGGGUCCCACGGAGACAGACAAGAAGCCAGAUUCCAACUCAAAUAGUGAAGACGAUACCGAUGAGCAGGAUAUUCUGUAA